AAUGCAAUAACAAGAUACUAAGUUUGACGAAAAUUUAUAUUCAAGAUAAGUGGCUGUAUUGGGAGCCGAGACUUAAUCCAAAUUGAUCUAAAUGAAGUGUUUCAUUCAUGGUUUAAGAGGGGUAUAUAGAUUUAUUAUGGAAAGUUGGGAUUAGAGAUAGCAAAGAACUUAAUAUUAGCUGGACCAAAAUCUGUAACCAUAUAUGAUCCAACAGUGUUAUCUAUAGCAGAUUUGGGUUCAAAUUUUUAUGCCACACUUGAACAAGUAGGAAAAGUCACAAGAUAAGAUGCAGCAAUCAAAUAAUUGAAAGAAUUAAACCCAUAUGUUAGUGUAGAAAUAUAUAAUGGGUAAUUGAAUGGUGCCAGUUUGAGUGAAUUUUCAGUUGUGGUUCUUACUGAUGUUUGGGAUUAGAAAUUUAUAACAGAAGUAAAUGAAGCAGUCAGAUCAAAAGGACAUGGAUUCAUUUUGGCUCAUUCUUCAGGAUUAUUUGGAUCUACAUUCGUUGAUUUUUCAGAUGUAAUAAUAUUUGAUUAUAUCCAUAAUAGAAAUUUUAAAUUUUUGAUCCUAAUGGUGAAGAACCUAAAUAAGCAAUUGUAGCUGGAAUAACAAAUGAAUUAGAAGGAAUAGUAAGUACAAUUGAAGAUAAGAGACAUGGAUUUUAAGAUGGAGAUAGUGUUACAUUUAGAGAAGUAGUUGGAAUGACAGAAGUGAAUGAGAAGAUAUUUAAGAUAAAGGUAUACAAUAUAUAUAUAUAUCAAAGGUGAAAUCACCAUAUAUGUUUAGUAUUGGAGAUACAACAAAGUUUUCAUAAUAUUUAAGAGAAGGAAUUGCAGUUUAAGUAAAGGUUCCUGAAGAUAUUGCAUUCAAAUCAUUUAAUGCUUCAUUAAGUCAUCCUUUUGCACCAGGAAAGAAUGAAUUAGAUUUAAUGGAUUGGGAAAAGAUUGGAAGACCAGAAUAAUUACAUAUUUCAUAUAAUGCAUUAUUAUAAUUCACAUAAUAAAAUGGUAGAUUACCAGGAUUAUUGAAUUAAGAUGAUGCUUAAAAAGUAUGGGAACUAGCAUAAUAAAUAAAUAAUUCAGAUAGAGGAGAAGGUGCAUUAAAAGCAGAAUUAGAUGAAUAAUUGGUUAAAAAUACAUCAUUAUAUUUCUAAGCAUAAAUAACUCCAUUAACUUCAUUCUGGGGAGGUAUUAUAGCCUAAGAAGUAGUCAAAUAUACAGGUAAAUUCACACCAAUUAGAUAAUGGUUACAUAGUGAAUUCUUUGAAGCUUUACCUGAAACAGCAGUUAAUAGAACAUUAUUAAAUAGUUAAUAUGAUGAUUAUGUUGCAAUCUUUGGAAGAGAAGCAUUAUAAUAAUUAUAAAAUUCAAAGAUAUUUAUGGUAGGUGCAGGUGCAUUAGGAUGUGAAUAUAUUAAAAUGUUUGCACUUAUGGGAUGUGGAAGUGGUGCUUCAGGUUAAGUUCAUGUUACAGAUGAUGAUAAUAUUGAAGUUUCAAAUUUGAAUAGAUAAUUCUUAUUUAGAAAAAAUAAUGUUGGCUCUAAUAAAGCAGCUACUGCAUGCAAAGUAGGUGAAUUAAUGAAUAAGACUUCAAAAUUUAAAUCAUAUGCUUUAAGAGUAGGUAAAUAAAAUGAACCAAUCUUUAAUGAUCAAUUUUGGGAUGGAUUAGAUAUAGCUGUUAAUGCUGUUGAUAAUGUUCAUGCAAGAAAAUAUAUUGAUUCAUAAUGUUGCUAUUAUGGUAAACCAUUAUUUGAAAGUGGUACACUUGGUACUAAAUGUAAUUCAUAAUUGAUUCUUCCAAAUCAAACUUAAUCAUAUAGUGAAUCAUAAGAUCCACCUGAAGAUACUAUUCCUUUAUGUACAUUGAAAAAUUUCCCUUAUUAAAUUGAACAUACAAUUUAAUGGGCUAGAGAUUACUUUGCAGGAUUCUUUGAAGAUGGUUCUUAAGAUUGUAUCAAAUAUCUCGAGAAUCCAGGAAAUUAUCUUAAAAGAAUUUUGUCUGAACUUAAAUCUUAACCAGGUGUGUUAAGACCAAAAUUAGAAUCAGUUAAGAAAUUUGCUGAAGUUGCUAAAAAACCCUCAUUACAUUCUAUUGUUGUUUUAGCUAAAAAUAUGUUCUAAGACAUUUUCUGCAAUUAAAUCAAAUAAUUACUUUAUUGUUUCCCACCUGAACACAGAACUUCAGAAGGAUAAUUAUUUUGGACUAAUCCUAAAAGACCACCUACUCCAAUUGAAUUUGAUCAAAAUGAUCCUCUUCAUUAAUUAUUCAUUCAUAGUGCUGUUAAUAUUUUCUCAUAGAUAUUUGGUUUACCCAAAUAAGAUAAAUUCGAUGAAAUUGCAAAACUCUUACCAUCUAUCAAACUUUAAUAAUAUGUUCCAAAAUAAAUGCAAAUAAAGGAAAAUGAGAAAGAUUAAAAAGAAGAAAAAUCUGAAGAUGAUGAAACAUAAAUUUAAGCUUUAUCUCAAGAAUUAGAAAAGUUGACUCUUGAAAAUAAAGAAGUCACUAAAUAAUUACAAGAAUGUGCAUUUGAAAAAGAUGAUCCAACUAAUUGGCAUAUUGAAUUUUUAUCUGCAGUCUCCAACUUAAGAGCAAGAAAUUAUAAAAUUCCAGAAGUACCACCAUUCUAAGUUAAAUUAAUUGCAGGUAAGAUCAUUCCUGCAUUGGCUACAACAACAGCAAUGAUUGUAGGAGCAGUGGGAUUAGAAAUCUUUAAAUUUAUUCUUAAGAAGAAUGUUGCAAAAAUGAGAAAUGCCUUUAUAAAUUUGGCUUUACCACUUUUCCUAUUUUCAGAACCUUUACCACCUGGAGAACAUGUAGAUUAAGAAUAUAAUGUUGUCUUAUUGGGACCAACAAAAGCUAUUCCAUCAAGUAAUUAUUUAAAUAAAUUAAUUUUUAGAAUGGACAGCUUGGGAUAGAAUUAAAAUUACUUAAUAGAUGACUCUUGGAUAAUUCUUAUAGUAUUUCAAAGAAAAACAUGAUGUAAAUGUUUCAUCUAUUACUGUUGAUUAAUAUUUGAUUUAUUCUAAUUAUCCAGCUCCAUCAUAAGAAACGUAAAUAUAUUUAUUUAUUUAUUUAUUUUAGUUUGAAUAGAGAUUUAGGCAGUUUAUAUGCUGAAAGAACAUUCUAACCACUUCCUGCUCACAGAAUUUAUCUAGAUCUUACAGUUGGUGGAGAAUUAGUAGUCAAUGGAACAGAAGUUAAUGCUGAUUUUGCCCCUGUUAAAUAUCAAUAUAAAAAAUGAGUU